GCCAACUGAAGGUGUUAUUUUCAUGAAUAGGUCAAACAAAUGGAUCAAGCUAUAGUUUCCUUGUCCUGAUCGAGCAAAGCAUAGCCAAGGGCAGGGUAAUGAGUCGGAGCGGAAGUCGGCGGCGGCGUGGAUGUGGAACUACUUGGGUUGGUAACCCGGUACGAAGCAACCCAAGACCCAGAGAGCCAAGAUCUGAUCCUCUUCUCGAUUUGCCAACACUCAGGCCUCCACCAACCGCCAGCGCUCAUUAAUUAUCUCGAUCCUCCAAGCAGCGAUGCCGUUUUGGAAUCCGAUGACAGCGACGACUAGAUGGAUGAUGUGGAAGAAGAAAAAGAAGGGGAGGAGGAGUUCAGGUAUGCAAUAUUCGAUUGGGACAGUGG